UCCGGGCGCCUCUGGUUCGCCUGCCUGUCUGCAUGCUUGCUUGCGAUGAAAUCGGCGGUUCGGUUUGGUACUGGGGACCUGCUGGAAUGUUGGGAUAAGGCUCUUCGUUUGGGAUCCUGGCCGUGGGUGGGCAGGAACUGGCUUGCCUUCGAUCAAAAUCGGGUGUCCCCCCUGGUGAUUCGGGCGCUGUUUCGUUGCUUGCUUGUGUGGCAUCACAGACUUGCGGGACGGCCUGCGCCUUUGGGCUAAACUUGAGUUCCGGAAUUUUCCUGGUGGAAUUGGGAACGGUCGGGCUAGGGAUCUUGCAAGGGCGCACCUGAAUUGAUCCUUUCCGUGGAAAUUUUGCCGCUCCUGUCGAAGUUUAGGCGCUUGUGGUUAUGAAUUAUGUGGUUUUAUAGGCUUUAUCCUGUUGAAGACAGUCAAAGCAUUUCUGAUCUAUUAAAGCAUUAACUUGGCAUGUUUAUUCUUUAUGCAAUUUAUCAUUUGCGUGUAGAUUAGGACAUAUGUGCCUCAGGAAGCAAUGAAGAUCCAUUCUUUGAUCCUGUUGCUGUGUCAAUUGCUAAUCUCACAUUAAGUGUACACAUGAUUCCUUGCCUGAGGCCCAGGCAAAGAGCUGAUGCUUAGUUCUUAGUGCAUUGUCGAGUGGAUAAGUAAGGUGAUUUUAAUUAGGAAAAGGUUUGUCCUUUCGCAACAAGAUUGGCUUGGUUGAUUUUGGACCAAACUGUGGCAAAGGGAAUCCCUUUGCCAAGGCCCAUCCAUGUGCUAGUGCUAGUGAUCUGUACUGAGCUAGGGAGGACCAAGAGGAAAAGUAAACGACUAAAGAAACUAGCUUUGCUUCAAAUUCUUUGCUUGCACUCGUAACUUAGCAUUUCUCAAAAGGGUGGAAUCAUUGGCUCAAGUGCAGAAUCAUUUGAUUCCUUUAAUUAAAAAGUCAUCUGUUGUUGUUUUCCCUUCUAAUCUGACAGAUCUGAGAUCAGGCAUGAGGUGCUCCAUGUGAGAGCUUUCCCUAUACCUCUUAUCUGGCUCUUGCUUGUGACUUUAUUUAAUUGGGAAUGUAGAUCACAUCUAACAUGCUCCAUUGAUAUAAUUAUUUAAUGCCUUUGGUUGAUCCACCUGCUUCCUUAAUUGUCUGCCUGCCCGGCCAGUUCCGGAUCCCAUAAAGUCUAUAUAUAACCUCUCCUGCCUUGCUUUUCUGGACUGAAGUUCCAUCAGCUUCUCCAAGGAGAGCAAAAGUUCUUGUAGGGGUAAAGCUUCAUUUUGCUGAUUUCUGAGAAAAUGGCGAGAAGUGCAAGAGCUAGGAGGCAUGUGGCUCGUCAGCUCAAGUCCACCCAUCCCAUUCCUUCGUACCGAUGGAAGGCAAAGGCGAUGAAAAAAUCCAACCGAAAGCAAGCGUCGCCAGCCUUGCAAAAGAUGGACUGGGAAGAUGCCAAUUGCUCUGUGUGCAUGGAAUACCCACAUAACGCUGUGCUCAUCCUCUGUUCAUCCCAUGAUAAGGGCUGCCGUCCUUACAUGUGUGGAACUAGCUACCGCCACUCGAAUUGCUUGGAUCAGUUCAAGAAAGCCUACACCAAGGGGGCAUUGCUUCAGGAAGUUCAUGCAAAUAGCAUUGGCACUAAUCUGGAUUCAGCGCAAUUGACUGCAGAAAAAACUGAGUCCAUGGACCUUGCAUGUCCAUUGUGUCGUGGCAAGGUGAAAGGGUGGACAGUGGUAGAACCAGCUCGAAGCUACCUCAAUGGAAAAAGGAGAACAUGCAUGCAGGAUGGUUGCUCAUUUGUGGGGACCUAUAAGGAGCUCCGCAAGCAUGUCAAGUUGGAACACCCUCUUGCAAAGCCAAGGGAAGUUGAUCCUGUUCUUGAGCAAAAAUGGAGAUUGCUUGAGAUUGAAAGAGAGCGGCAAGAUGCUCUCAGUACGAUCACUGCAACAAUGGGCAGAGCUGUUGUUCUUGGUGAUUAUGUGCUAGACUUGGAGGAUGGAGUGGACUUGGAGGAUGUUGAUAGUGAUGCUGAUGUUGAUGAUGGCCGUGGGACAGAAAACACUCGUAGGAUGCUUCUAUUUAUUAUGCGCCAAGUUGCUCAACAUCAUCAAAACCAAAGGCUUCAGAAUGCGACCGGUGCAUCUGACAAUGCUGAGGACAAUUAUGUGGUGAGCAGUGGUGCCAAUGGAACCACACCAUACCCUUACCCCUUGGAAGGGGAGGACGAGAAUGAUAUGGUUGUGGCCGGAGGCAGAAGCACUGAUGUGCUCCGACCAGAGAGGAGGCGCCGCCGCCGCCGCAGGAACCGUGGAAGAUUAUUUUUAGGUGCUAAUUGAGAGGAAAGGUGGCCUGGUGAGGUUUAACCACCAGAGGAGUACAUACAGAAAUGCUUCCCUGGUGCCUGGCAUUCAUCAUUUCCGGCCUCAAUUUACUUGUUCAUGAUCAUGUACCAAGUAGUUAUGUUAACAUCAGCUCAUUGUUUGCCAUCAGUGUAUGUUAUCUUACAUUCUUUUCUUUGUUGAAAAAGGAAAACACCGCAUCCAUCUCUUGCGGUUUGUGUAGCCUCUAUUUCUGUCUACUGCUUUAGCUACACCAUUUGUUGGAGGUCGAAUUAGAUUUGUCUUCUCAACUGAAACAUAUCUAAUUUGACCAUGUUUAAAAAAAAGUAUAGCAACAUCUACAACAUUAUUAAUUUCAUAUAA